AUGGCCGGAUAUAAAAGAAAUCAUGAUUUAUCCGCUUCCAAUGAUAAUGAAGAAAACCUAUUAGUUGAUAACAAUAGUGGACGAUCAAAACGCCAACAUUCAGAAACUAAUGAUAAAGAAAGCAUCUGUUGGAAAUAUUUUGAACCAUUCCAAGUUCCAAGAGAGAAUGGAAUAGAAACAAAAUGUAUGGUUUCUGGAUGCACAACAAAAUAUAUGUGGUGUGGAUCUACUUCUAAUCUUAUUAGGCAUCUUCGAAUUAACCAUGGUAUAAUAAAAUCUUCUUCAUCAACUUUAACUUCUACGACAUCAAACACCAACUUGGUUAAUUCCGAGCUAAAAAUUAAUGUUCCAUUAAUUAACCUUUUUAUUUCUUCUGGAGUACCUCUUAGUUUUAUUGAUAAUUUAAAAUCUGCUGGGUUUAUCAAUCCACAAUACGAAUUCCCUACUUCUAAUAUUCUGGAAAAGCAAAUAAUCAAUGCGUAUAAUCAGUUAUUCCUUCAAUUGAAGUUAAAAGCCCAACAAGAAAAAUUUGUUAUGCUCUCAAUUCAUGGUAAAAAAAUUGCUUUGGAAAGAUAUGUAAUAAUCACUUGUCAUUGGCUAACUGAAGAUUUAGAACUUCAUGAAAUAUUAUU